AUGUUUUACAUGAAUUGCGUAUGUAUCCUGAAUGCUUGCUUUAGUAAAGUCAACGAUGGUCUUAGACAGUUAAACAGACCUACAACGAACGAUGACAAUUUCGCGGGAACACCAUCGUUCGAGAAGACUUUCCAAGAAAAACAAAGGUGCACCCUGUUGAUCGUGAAAUUGAAAAAUUUGGAAGAGAAACAUCUAAGGAUCAGCGAUGUUGUCCAAGUGUUGAACGAAACGUUUUUCCUUCAUACUACAGGCUUGAUAAUUCUAACGUUCCUCGUCAUCACCUUUAAUUCGUACUUCUUCAUUCUUUGGUUGAAUGGAGGGUACAUACUGGAUAUGUCUACACAAUUUUGGUACAUACAGUUCCUCCCAAGCGUGCUUCAUUACACGGCAAAAUUUAUUAUGAUAAUUUGGACUUGCGAGACUGCGAAAAAUCGAGCCCUGGAAAUUGGGACAACCAUACACGAUGUACUCGGCGAUACUACUGACACGUUCGCACAGAACGAGGUAAUUAUUUUACAGCAAUAA